UAAAAACAUUACAUGCGGUCACACUUGCUCUGCAGCAUAGCGUGGCGUCUCUUUGGGCGCAGCAAUUUGAAGCUAACGAUCGAAAAAAGUGUUUGCUGGAAAACGAAAAACCAUAGUGGUCAGCUGUAAAACAACAAAGUGUCAAAAUGAAAGCCGCCAUGGCCCGAACGCCGAUGCGUCCCCCGAAAACGCCGCGCGCAGCUCCGAUGCCGUCCGCGCAGGCGCCACCGAUGACCGAAGGGAAGCGACGGGACUUAUCGGGAGGCAAACAACAGCCGCAGCAGCAGGACCCUGUGAAUGUAUUUUGUCGCGUUAGGCCGCUGCCAUCCGAUGGCGAUCUAACUUGUAUGCGCGUGAAGAAUUCCACAACAAUUGCGGUCAACCCGCAGGAUCAGCACAAGCUUCUGCAGAAUGGCGCUCAGCGUGAAAUGCAAUACAUAUUCAAGCACGUCUUUCAGUCCGAUGCCACGCAACAGGAUGUCUUUGCAUCCGUCGCCCAACCGCUGGUCGAGAAUCUGGUGCGUGGUCGCAAUAGUUUGCUCUUCACAUACGGCGUCACAGGCAGUGGUAAGACGUACACGAUGACAGGGAAUUCACGACAUCGUGGCGUUAUGCCACGCUGCCUUGAUCUCCUUUUUCGCACCAUUUCCGAUUAUCAGGCCAAGAAGUUUGUCUUCAAACCGGAUAAAUUGAAUGGCUUUGAGAUCCUGUCGGAGGAGGAUGCACUGCUCGAGCGGCAGCAGGAGAUGAAUCAACGCUUUGCAGGGACUGGACGUUUUGCAUUUCGACGCAAGGAAUCAGAUCCCGAGAUCGCAUCACAAGCCUCCGUGGAGCCAACGCCGCUUUCAGUGCUGGAUGAGGACAACAUGUAUUCGGUGUUUAUAACUUACGUAGAGAUGUACAACAAUAGCGUCUACGAUCUCCUCGAGGAUUCAGGCAUACAGAAAUCGUUGCAGUGCAAGAUCAUACGCGAAGACGCCAAUCAUCAGAUGUUCGUGCACGGCGUUACUGAGGUGGAGGUGAAGACAGUCGACGAGGCACUCGAGGUCUUCCAGAUGGGUCAGAAGCGCAAGCGCAUGGGCAACACGGUGCUCAAUGCGGAGUCCAGUCGCAGUCAUUCCGUGUUCAACAUACGUCUCGUCCAGGCGCCUACCGAUUGCCAGGGCGAGCACGUUGUUCAGGACAAACAGAACAUUACGGUCAGCCAGCUCUCGCUAGUGGAUUUGGCGGGCAGCGAGCGUUCCUCGCGUACCAAGAACACCGGCGUGCGGUUGCGCGAGGCGGGCAACAUCAACAAUUCCCUGAUGACGUUGCGCACGUGCCUAGAGUAUCUGCGUGAGAAUCAACAACAGUUGGGCCCCAAUCCGGUGGCCAAGAAGAUACCGUAUCGCGACUCAAAGAUCACGCACAUGUUCAAGAACUAUUUUGACGGCGAGGGACAGGUGUCGAUGAUAGUGUGCAUCAAUCCACGCAUCGAGGAUUAUGACGAGAACAUGCAAGUGAUGAAGUUUGCCGAGAUGACGCAAGAAGUACAAAUAGCGCGUGCCACACCCAUAAAACCAGACUUGGGCCUGACGCCCGGACGUCGCAAGGCCAACAAAUUGUUCAAGAUUGCAGUGAACAAUCUCAAUGAGCUUGGCAUACCUGAGGCCAAACAGCUCGAGAUGGAUGUGGGGCUGGUGUACAGUUUGGGUGCUGAUUUCCCUCACUACCAGAUGGAUAGUCCCGAGACGGAGAGCAAGAUACAGGAACUAAUGGAGUACCUGGAGCAGCGCAUCGAUAAGCGACGCAAACUUCGCGCCAACAUGGACUUAAAAUGCGAUAAUUUCCGACAGCUGUUAAUGAACUUGGAUCGCGACAAUUUGCAGCUGCGCACGGAGCUGGCUUCGCUGAAAGCCGUCUACAAACAGGAGCGCGAUCGUAGCGCUGCUCUGGAGAACAGAGUGCGCAUCCACGAGAGCUCCAUCGAUGUGCUCAACAAUACGGUGAGCAAACGCGAGCGACAGAUACAGGAGCUGACACAUAAGCUCAAUGAACAGGAGCAACUGCUCUCGCAAAAGGAACAGGAGAAGGAGAAACAAAAGAAAAAGUUCAACUCCAAGCUGGCUGUCGAGUCUGACAAGAAUAAGCGAGAGUUUGAUCAGAAGCUGCGCGAGCAACGGGCCAAAAUGCAGGAACGCAUGCGCAUCAAGGACGAGAAACUGCGACUGGUGUCCAACAUACUGCAGUCGGAGGAUGUGCCCAGUUUGCCGCGUUCCCAGAGCUCCGAGGAUUUGCUAAAUGACAAGAACCGCGAUCACGAUCGUGGGGCGUUCACAGCGCGCACAGAAUCCUCGGUGCCGCCAACGACACGGACCGACAUCUAUUGUACACCUCGUCACGGUUUAGCUGCCGCCAACAAUCGUCAUCGACGCUCGCGUUCUGCUGGCGACAAGUGGCUGGAGCAUCGUGCCGCCAAUCCGGUGCCAUUGGGCACCAUCAUGCAGCCUUAUCUAAAGAAUCGCAAGUCGGUUACCAAGCUAACCGACAUGAAGCAACUGACUGACCAUGGUGCCACCAAAUACUGCCUCGUCUCCCAGGAGGCGGACACCGAUGGCGAUGUGGAGACAAAACUGUACAAGGGCAAUGUGAUUCCCACCUGUGGCGGCGGUGCCCAGGUUGUUUUUGAGGAUGUCGAGUGUUUGCGUCAGAAGUCGCCAGUUCAUUCGCCCACCCGGAAACGGCCAAGCAACAGCAAUCUGUCAGCGUCCGCCUUUGGUGGGCCAUUGCCCAGCACUGGACUCACGUCCGUCCAAGAUGUCGCCUCGCGUUGCAAUCUCGGCAUCGAGGGACACAGCAGCAAGAAGUCCAAGAUCUAAGGCUAGAUCUGAUUAAUUUUUUCAUAAUUUUUGUAUUAUCACAAAGAACAUUCGAAAGUGUUUUUUGCUUGCAGUUAAUUAAUUCAUGUGUAUUAUACUAAAAUGAAUCGCAAAUGAAGUGAUUGUUUUAAGUUUACACACUCAAUAAAGAGAAGUCUAUC